UUGCACUCAUUCUACCAAUCAUUCAAACAACAAACAAAAUCAUUUCAUUAGUGAAGUAUGCCUACCUCUGUGAAUGAAGUCGUGGAGAAAGCUGAGAUGUUGGAGAUAAACCCGGCCGUUGGUGCUGCAGCAUUGAAGUCAACUGGAAAAGAUCCCAGCUCCGAGACAGAAGCACAGUUGCUGGACAAUGAGCUAGAAAAGAAAAUGGAAGGUGAGAGCAAAGACAUUUCAUCCAAAAAAGUAGGGGAGAAUGAGAAAGAAGAACAGACCAAAGAGGAUGUCCCUGUUGAAGUUGAAGCCAAGACUGGAGUAUCGUUUCCAGUUGUGCUGGAUGACGCAAAGCAGCUGACUGCUGUUGGCCUCAGAAAGAAGAGCAUGCUCGGCCUCGGCAUCAAGAUAUAUGCCUUCGGUAUAUAUGCAGAUAAUGACAAACUGAAAGAUCUUCUAAAGGCAAAAUUUGUGAAAGCACCAGCUAAGGCAACAAAAGAAAUGUAUCAAAUGAUCAUCGACAGUGAUGUGGCAAUGGUGGUUCGCAUGGUCAUUGUUUUCAAUGGCCUAACCAUAAGCAUGGUAAAGAAGAACUUUGAUGAAGGGCUCGGAGCCUCCAUCAAGAAACUCACUGGAACCAAGAAUGAAAAGCUCACAAAGAAGAUAAUGGGAGAAGCAUCAGAUGACAUAAAGCUUACACCAGGUUCGGUGAUUGAGAUAUCAAGGCUUCCAGGAUAUAAACUCCAAGCAAAAGUUAAGGAUGAGAUUGUGAGCACAGUGGAAAAUGAACUGCUUUGCAGGGCAUACAUAUACAUGUACUUGGGAGAAGAUCCUUUCGACAAAGAAGCAAAGGAAAAAUUCGGGGCGUCCCUACUUUCUCUCUUCUGAGGACUUGGUGACAAGUGAUGACUACUGACUAAGUCCCCAUGAAAUAAAAUUCGGAGCCUACUUAAGUUGUUCCUAAUAAUGUUCAAUAAGAGAUUGAUGCCGAGAGUUCUCAAUCUCAUAUGUCAGGUUUCAGUCCUUCCAGUUAGGCAUUUGACAUAUAUGCGGAUCUACAACAAAUCUGAAAGACAAGAUGAGUGUAAUUCUUUUCAUAUAGAAAUAAAAGACAUAAAAGAUCAUUCAACAA